GGAUGUCAGCCAAGAUGUGACAGAAGCGAUGGGACGCUGAGAGUGUAAAGUACCGAGCACUGCACGACGGGAACAGCAAAGUUUGUCUAGAGCCAAGAAAAUAAAACAAAUCACAUGAAAUGGCGUCACAGUAUUCUGACCUUGAGAAGGCCAUUAACACCUUGGUCACAAACUUCCAUUCUGCUUCUUCUGAUAACCGGUCUACGCUGAAGGUAGAUGAGUUCAAGAACCUCCUCUCCUCCCAGCUGCCAACUUUAAUCAAGUCGGAUAAUUUUGGAGAAGUGCUGAAGCAAAUGGGUGUGAAAGAUGGGGAAGGCAUCAGCUUCAAACACUUCUGGAGCCUGAUCCAGAAUUUGGCCACAACCCAGCAUGGUCUGCUGAGCCACGAGAAGCUGUCCAAAUGCUCCUGCCUUUUACUAUGAGCCGUGGGCUUCAACUGCAUCUGCCACUAAGAUUUGGUCUCUCUACGUCUCUGCAUUUAUCCAGAACCACUCAUCUCCAAACAAAACACUUAACUUUCCUUCCUAAGCAUUCCAAUAAAUAAACUCAAUUUGUACAUCAAGAUUUUUUUUAAACACAAUGUGUCGAGCAGUACAGCCAUCAUCUCUCCUCAUAUCAAGUUUCAUGUAAAUCUUAAUGUACAGACCAGUUAACUACUUCAUAUUCCAUAAUUGAACUGGAGUCCAAUUUGUUUUCACUUGCAACUGGAAUUUAAGCUUCCCACGAGUGCAUUUAACAAGUGUUUCUCAGUUAAUGAUAAAUAAAUUAAAUCUUUCCUUUUUUGUGAUAACAC